ACAAUCUCUUUAAUUGUGCUAUUUUUAGGUUUAUUUUCUCACGGUUUUCAAGGGAGCUCCUAGAGUCAGGAACAAGGAUGUUUUCUGUUCUUGUAGGAAUAAUGAUAGUGUUCUUCUCAAUGUUCGAGUAUGGAGUCUUUCCAUUUGCCCAGAUGGUGAAGUCAGAUUAUCCAGCCAAUUUAAGUUUGGGUCGUCUCUGCUUACACAUGGAUUCUCUGGAGACAGGAAAAGAAACAAAAAGUAGUGGUGGUGUACGUUAUAAGAGCCAAAUAAUUAUUCUCAUUCACAUGGGGUUCUACUUCCUUGCUAGCUCACACUUUAACAGAAAAAUUAGAAAGAACACAAAAGGAAUAUCUUGGAAGAGAAGGGUGAAUCUUCUGAACCUGGGACAGGAAAUAUUUCAUGUGAGGUCAAUAAUUCUACAAACAGUGUUGAACAUUGGGGUCAGUAUGUACUUCGAAAAUUAUCACCCUGUAAACGGACCCAUUCUGAACUUCCAAAUCUGGCUUUCUUGGCGGAUUUUUGUUUUUCUCCUCUUCUCCGUCGUUUUCCCCACCUGGUUCUUUAUAGACACGAGGGAAAAUUUUCCAGACCUUGCUCUAGAGGGAAAACGGUUUCCUGGUCAGGAGAUACCGAAGUUGUAUCCACCUCAACCAAGAAGGGAUUUUACAGCAGAGAAUUUACUGUGGAUUCCCAAGGCAGACUUAUCAGCAAGGGCUCUAUUUCUGAAGACAGAGAACGAUAAAAUGCUAAGGAAGAAGAAAAUGAAGAGAUGGCUCAACAUGCCAAAGCGCAAAACUGUGCGCAUUAGACAGAAAAAGCAAGAAAAAGAACCCAGUAAUGAGUUACCAAUCCUCACGCAAAUAAAAACUCUUGUGGAGAAGAAAACCAAGAUCUCAAAGAGCAAACUUGUUGGAGCUAGAUCUAAUCUUUCAAUCAAAAAGAACAAAAUUUCUUUUGACAAUGAAACCUUAAGUGUGACAACAAUUGACAAAAAUCAAAAGAGAAAAGUUUCAAAUCAAGAUCUUCAAAUAAAAGCAAGAAACAAUCAAAUAUUGCCUCUACACAGUAAUCCCUCUCUAUUCUAAGCAAAGAAACACUUGCCUUCAUCCCUAAAUCUUGAACCCUGAUUUUGUAAAUCUUUAAUCUUUUAAACUUUUAAAAAUAUUAGUUUGGUCUAACAAACAAUUCGGCUUUAGUAAAUCUAUCUUUCCGAAAAAUAUCAGAAAUCUACCAAUUUAUUUAUAAAUAAUGGAUAAGCCAAUCAAAAGAUAUCUUAAGAAUAUAAAAGCUGUUUCCUUAUAAUGUGAUACAAUCUAUGACUUUCGAUACAUUUUUGGAAAGCCCUAUGGCUCUACUUACAAAAUCUG